CGCGUACAUAGUACAAACAGACAGACAUGUGAGAGUGUGAGGCCCUUUUUUUUUUUUUUCGAUUAAUCAAUUUCCUCAUUUUGACUGUACGUGGGAACACAAGAAAAGCUAAUUGAAGCCCCCCCCAUUAACUAACUUGCUAGCAAGUUAAAUGCACAAAAUUGGAAGAUCAAAGCAGAGGUAGUUGAGAAUGGGAAUGGGGGGGCUUCAAUUGGUAUGGGCGUCCACUAUGGCAGUGGGGGUGAGUUGCUGCUUGCUGCUGUUGGCGAUGAGUGGGGCUGCUGCUGCCGCCGCCAUACCAAAAUGCAUCAAUGGGGAAAGAGAAGUGCUCCUCAAGUUCAAGUACAGUGUUGUUGACGGGAACGGCGAGCUACGCUCUUGGGGCAAUCACACUGAACAUUGCUGCCGCGACUGGGCGGGGGUUUGGUGUGAUCAAGCUACUGGCCAUGUCACCCACAUUCAUCUUCAUGAUAAGAACCUGUCCGCUAAAGAUGGUGGGAAGUAUAGCACCAGCCUUCCAUUCUUUGAGCUCCGCUAUUUGAAGCAUUUGGAUCUAUGCUCUAACCCGCUAAAGAUGAACAUACAUGGUUUACUUUAUCUGUUCUGGAUGGUAUUGCAAUUACAUUAAAUUUAUUACAAUAAUGAUAAUAUACUGAGCAAAUGAGCUCAUAAAUUACAACAAUAUAAAUUCAAAAAUAUUACGACAACAUAUUAAAUUUAACCAUUUUCCACUAAUCAAUUAGCAAUUUCAUCUUGUAAAUUCAUCAUUUUUUGUAUAUUUGUAGCUAAAGCGUGAGCUCUAUUAUUCUCUGAUCACCUAAUAUGAGUGAAAGAAAUGCUAGAGAAACUUUCGCCAAGUAUCUGAUAUCAGCCGCUAACAAUCCGAUUUAGGAGCACUUUGAUCCUUUUUGUAUUUGAGAAAUAACCCGUGAUGCAUCAUAUUCCACCUCAAUAUGAUUCGGAUGUAGGAGCAACUCUUCGCCAAGUCUCUAAUAUCAGCUGCCAUCAAUAUCAUAUUUCAGCUCCCCAAGAAUAAAAGUUCCCCGGCCAUGGCAGCGCAGCCCCCUGCCACAAACCUCCCCCUGUCGCCCCGUACACACCAACUAAGGCCACACUUCAAACCCCGAACAUCAGCAUCUAUGUUCAACUUCAUCUUUCCCACAGCUGGAUGUCUCCAAAAUGUAGCAGAUGACAGUCCUGAAUGCCUCCCAAUGCACCUAGUUCACUGAGAUUGAGUCCAACUGACCACUAGAAUUUCUGCCUUGUACAUGAACUGUAUGGCAUCACAGAACUGCCCUUCUAAACUCUCUGAUUUCUCUCGCUCCAAAUGGCCAAGCAACCCCAAAUAAGCUUUACCAGAUCACCCCUCCGCUUAGACUGGAACGCCAACUGCAGUUGCUCCGGAAAAUUGCUAACACCAUAACAUGUUCAGCUCUAAGAAAGUGCCUCCCUGCUUUAAAAUUGUGCAGCCAACGAAAUGGUGCAACAGAGACUCACCCGCCUCACCACACAAACCACACUGCACAGAGCAGUCAGCCCACCGUGAUUUCGGGUUCUCUAUCGUUGGUAAGAAACCACAUAAAGUGACCUGCGAACACAUAAAGUGAAUAUGUAAAUCUAAACCUUAAGCAAGAUGAUUUUUCUUUGGAACUUUUUAAGCCAACUGAUCCUUAUUUAGUCAAUCAAAAUGUAAGGAUUUAGUGAAAAUAAAAGCCAUGAAAGUUUAGCCAAUGAAAACAUACCAUUUUAGCACAAAAAAUAUCAACGCCCAAGGCCCUUUCAUUUACCAGUUUAAAUGAAGCUGAAGGUGCACUUGAAAUUAUAUCUUCUCAUUUUCAUAUUGAUAUAUGUAAACUCCUAGUGUGAGAAGACAGUACAUAGUAAGAUCUAUAUGCAUUGCGUACACCAUGAAGGGUAGUUCAUACUAGCUAACCAAAUUUCAUUGGCAUAUUAUAUCUCAGAAUAUGGGCAAUCAGGUAACACUACCGAGAGUUUUUAACUUCUGGUAAAUGAAGAAUGAAAUGGAAUUGAAUCAAAUACAAUUUCCCUAAUAUGACAGUAUGUAGUAUGUAUAGUUUAACCGUAUGUAUGAACUUUGGAGCUAGGGCUGUAGUUAAGAGUAUGUGUGUAUAUAUAUGUAUAUAUAUACAUAUAUAUGUAUACAUAUAGAGAAAAGAUCAGGUCCUGUCCCUCCGGCUGGACAGGAUCAGGCCUCUAUAGAGAAAAGAUCAGGUCCCUCCGGAGGGACGGGAGGGACCGUCCGGCCAAGGCCAUCAAAGGCUCUUCCCAGUGGAAUUUUUUGAUGAAAUUUUUUGAGCAUGUUCCUCAUCAAGUCUAGUUUAUCCAUACCACAUUUUAGCUAAAAAUUCAACCGGGAAGGCACUCAAAUGAUUUUUGGAAGAUAACUGCGUUUUAUAUGUAUAUAAACUGCGCAGUUAACUUCCAAAAAUCAUUUGACCGCCUUCCCGAAUGAAUUUGUAACUGAAAUUUGGUAUGGAUAAACUAGACUUCAUGAAGAACAUGCUCAAAAAAAUUCAGCAAAAAAUUCCAGCGGGAAGGGCCCCAAAUGGCGAUGGCCGGACGGCGGGUCCUGUCCCUCCGGCUGGACAGGAUCAGGCUUCUAGAGACAAGAUCAGGUCCCUCCGGAGGGACGGGAGGGACCGUCCGACCAAGGCCAUCAGAGGCCCUUCCCAGUGGAAUUUUUUGAUGAAAUUUUUUGAGCAUGUUCCUCAUCAAGUCUAGUUUAUCCCUACCAAAUUUCAGAUACAAAUUCAACCGUGAAGGCACUCAAAUGAUUUUUGGAAGAUAACUGCGUUUUAUAUGUAUAUAAACUGCGCAGUUAACUUCCAAAAAUCAUUUGACUGUCUUCCCGAUUGAAUUUUUAGCUGAAAUUUGGUAUGGAUAAAUUAGACUUCAUGAAGAACAUGCUCAAAAUAUUUCAGCUAAAAAUUCCACCGGGAAGGACCCCAAAUGGCGACGGCGGGUCCUGUCCCUCCGGCUGGACAGGAUCAGGCCUCUACGACUAAAAUAUGCAGGCGUACAUAGUACAUACUACAUACACAUGUGAGACCCACAGCACACACACAUGUGAUUUGAGGACCAAAAAGUGGUCGGUCAUUUACAUACUCCGUAUUAAUCAAUUUCCUCAUUUUGACUUGAAGUGGGAAACAUAUUUUGACUUGGACGUGGGAACACAAGAAAAGCUAAUUGAAGCCCCCCCAUUUAACUAACUUGCUAGCAAGUUAAAUGCACAAAAUUGGAAGAUCAAAGCAGAGCUAGUUGAGAAUGGGAAUGGGUAGAUUCUUAUUGGUAUGGGCGUCCACUAUGGCAGUGGGGGCGAGUUGCUGCUUGCUCCUGCUGGCGAUGAGUGGGGCUGCUGCCGCUGCCAUACCAAAAUGCAUCGAUGGGGACAGAGAAUUGCUCCUCAAGUUCAAGCACAGCGUUCUUGACGGGAAUGGCGAGCUACGCUCUUGGGGCAACCACGGUGAGGAUUGCUGCCGCGGCUGGGAGGGGGUUAGGUGUGAUCAAGCUACUGGCCAUGUCACCCAAAUCGAUCUUUUUGAUAAGAACCUGUCCGCGAAAGAUGGUGGGAAGUAUAGCACCAGCCUCCCAUUCUUUGAGUUGCGCCAUUUGAAGUAUUUGGAUCUUAGCGAUAACCCUGACUGGCUGACAACCCAUAACAUCUCAUCAUUGAUUGGGAACAACACUAUGGUUUACCUUCAAUACCUAGAUCUUAGUGGAACCGGAAUUGUUGACACCAUUCCUGAAAAUCUUGGAAACACCAUGCCUGCCCUUACAUACCUCGAUCUCUCCUAUAAUAGCUUAACAGGUUCCAUUCCUAAAACAUUUGGAGACAGCAUGGCUGCUCUUACAUACCUUGAUCUCGGUUGGAAUAGCUUAGAAGGCUACAUUCCUGACACACUCGGUAAUAUGGUUAAGUUAACUUCCCUUGACCUGGAAUCGAACCGGUUGGUGUAACAGGAGCUGGACUCGACUGUUAAUGGUGGUUAUACUUCUAAGAAGACAAACGAGUAAUUGGGGAGAAAAGAGAAUAGAUUGUAAUUGGCAAUGAACUGAACCUUAUUGAUGCUUCUCAGCCCGUAUUUAUACUGUACAACUCAUCUAGUUUAUAAGUUAUAUCAACAACUAUUACAACUGAUUCUCAACUACUUCUUUCUUUUUUUUUUGGGAUAAAAUGUAAGUAUAUAUAUAUCCAGAAAAAUAGCAUACAAUGCAUCAAAAGUAUCAAAAUAAC